AUCGCCGGAGAACCACGCCGCUCGGAUGCACGUCGGCUGCGUCUGAGAGCAUCUGGAAGCAAAACAGGGGACGGAGGAGAAAGGAGAAACCCCCCCUCCAUCGGAGCGGUUCGGGGGUCAAAGUGUCCGCGGGAGGAGCGGCACCGGCCGGUGAUGCUGGGGCGCCUCCGGACUCCAUCAGGUGCACUGAACCGAGAGGCGUUGUUUCCGCCCGCCGCCCGUCGGCCUCGGCCCGCCCCGGCCGUCGCCUCUUCGCCCGCUCGUAGGCCCCGCGCGGCCGCCGUGGAUCAUGUCGUCGUCGCCGCCGCCGCCGCGUUUUGAGCCGUUGCCGCUUUCUACGUCACCGGCCGCGUGACCCACCGGGGACCACACGCGCCACUCGUCCGGUUUCUCUCGGGACGUGUUCCGGGUAAUGAGCAGCCUGCCCCCCGCCCGGUGGUGCUGCUGUCCGCCGUGUGGCCCUGUGACUUCAGCGGGGCGUGGAGCUCCUUGCAGCCGUGACAGCGUGGAGGAGGAGGGGGGACGUUUGCCUUUCCAGCUCAGGUUUAAACCAUGGCCAGUGAACCCGUCAUCCUUAACGUAUAUGAUAUGUACUGGAUAAAUGAAUACACUUCCAAUCUGGGGAUUGGAGUCUUCCACUCAGGCAUUGAGAUAUAUGGCAGAGAGUUUGCAUAUGGGGGCCACCCGUACCCGUUCAGUGGCAUCUUUGAGAUCACUCCGGGGAACGCCUCCGAGCUGGGAGAGACAUUCAAAUUCAAAGAGGCCAUUAUUUUGGGCACCACCGACUUCACAGAGGAGGACAUUGACAAGAUCAUGGAGGAGCUGGGCAAAGACUUCAAAGGCAACGCCUACCAUCUGAUGCACAAGAACUGCAACCACUUCUCGUCCUCGCUGUCUGAGCUGCUGUGUGGACGUGAAAUCCCUCGCUGGGUCAACAGACUGGCGUACUUCAGCUCCUGCGUGCCCUUCCUGCAGAGCUGCCUACCCAAGGAGUGGUUGACCCCGGCCGCCCUGCAGAGCCACAUCAGCCUCGGCCUCCACAAGGAGGGGCACAACGAGUCGAGCGACGACGACCGCUCGUCCCCGUCCGGGGCCGCGCCCGCCGGCUCCUCCCACAGCUGCCGCCACACGCGGGUGUGAACUGCCCAACGUGCACUGACCUCCAAUGCCACCCCUGCUCAAGGGCCGGGGCACUGGUAGGCUUGAGGAACCGGCUCACCUCAUACUGUUCAUCCUGUUAGUAAAGAGGCAGGAGGUGAAGAUGUGGCCUCUUUUAAUGAAAGGUGACUUCAGAGCUGCGGCGACGCUUCCCGGCAACAGGAUGAACAACGUGAGCGCCGUGAAGCGUGUGCUCCGGCUCCACCGCAGCCACUUGUAGAUCUGAAGUUUGUAGUACAAUAUUACUGUUGUUUUUUCCCCCAUGAACUUGUAAACCCUUUCCAGCCUUGUUCCCUGCCCUGCCUUCAGAGCUGCUGUUGCAGAACAGCUGUCGAGACACCCGAGGCUACUUAUAAGUGGCAUUUACCAGGAAACUGCUUCUCAGCUCAAUUUCAACAAGUUCUCGUUCAAUAACCUCUAUGUGGCCUUUCAUUGUGUGGGACCGAAGCAGUUAAACAUGGCCAUUUUAGAGGGUUUAAAGAAUUUCUGAUUGUUCCUCGAGCUCUGUCGGAACAUGUAAAAAUGUUGCAUAUUGAAAGACUGGGACAAAACGCAACACUUCUGACCAUAUCAAGUAUUUCCUCUCUUUUCCUUUUCUAACAUGAAUGAUACAACCUGGAGCUUGUUUAUUCAAUGAACUGGCAGUGUGCUACCGGUGUAACCAGUGGAUAGAAAGUUGUAAACAAUUAAGGGCAAAUACUGUUGAGUAGUCGCCGUUAAUUCAGCCUCGCCUGGACAACAGCGGUUCUCUGUGAACAUCUCAGAGACACAAACACAAAGAAACCCAAGACGCUCAAGUUAUUGACUUUGAUCUAGUACAAUUUUUGUCUACGCUUUUAUAUCCAAACAGUCUUUAUAAAACGGAAAUGUAUAUUUACGCCCAGAGAAUGUUCCUCUGUGAUAAUGAUCUAAUCACCUUUUUCACCAUUAAACCAAUGAAGAUUAAGCAGCCAUGGAAAAUAAGAAAAGAAAUAUCUACCUUUUGAGUGACAGAAGUUGUUAAAGAAAUAGGUUACGCAUUUUGGGAAAUAUACUUAUUUGCCUUCUUAUAGAGAGUAAGAUGAGAAAUUGAACGACAUUUUCAUGGUGGGAUAGUAUGAAUGUGCGGCAGGAAACUAGGUUAGCGUAGCUCAGCCUCAGCAUAAGGAUUGAAGCAGUUCCAGCUCGCCGGGCCCCUUUUAAGGAUGGCAAACUUCCCCCACCAGCAGACUGAACACUCAAUUUGCUCCAAUAAAACAAAAAAGUUUUAAAAAGACAACUUGACGGAUUUGUUUUGUUGCAGGCCAGCGGUUUCCCCAUGUUCAGUCUUCACGCUAAGCUAACUGAAUACUAUGGGGCGUCAUAUUUAUCCUCCAGGCUUGAUAGUGGUGUCAAACUUCUCUAACACGGAAAUACAGCAGCACAAAGUGUCUUUCCCGAAAUAUCAGACUUAUACAAUUUUAUUUAUUAUUUAUUUUAUCUGUGAACUGAACUGAGGUUUGCUGCAGGGAGAAAAUCAGAUGCUCAUGAAGGAAAAAUGGGAUGUCAUAAAGUUAUGUGUAAUUAGCAAAACAUGCAAGUACCCCCCCCCCCUUUUCCCCCAAAAGGGCACAAUUGACUUAUUCUUUAUGUUCUUGAAUAAGCUACAUUCCUAUUCAUUUUGGAUGUCAUAUUUUGUAUUAUAUUGUACGAAUCAGUUCUCAGAAGUCUUUCUGCAGAGCAGACCAGGAAUGUUUCCCUUAUUUCUCACCUGUAACCCAGUAUUUGGCUUUUCUUAUCCCAGAAAGAAUGAUGAUGGUACCAGAAUAAAUAGAAAGAAUAACUAAAGAAA